AUGAGAAUAGUCCGUUAUAUUCUCUCUAUAAAUUUAUGCAUGAUGAAUGUCCUAGCUAAUACGAGAUCUAAGAGUCUCCUAGAAGGGGAAAGACUGGAGAAAAAACUGUUGAAUGAAGAAGACAUUCUCAUGAUGGAACAUCUGAAGGAUCAGGGAUUUAUUAUUAUAUAUCCAAGCAAAGCUAACAAUAGCUUCCAAUAA